ACGGUAGACAUGAUGGCUCCUAAUGUAAAAUUGGAAAAGUAACUUAAGUUACCACGCUAAUGGUACUUGAACAACACACUCGGAGGUAUAUUUUGAUGGUUUUGGUGAGAAACUCCCUUUUCAUUCAAGCUAACUUGAUAGUCGUGCUCCGCAGACGCGCAACGGACUCGAAACAAACCCUGAACUGUCCACCGGCUACUCAUGUGGCUUACUUGUAGUUCAUGAUGGAUCUUCCGUGCGUUCAGUGGCAAGAUCAUGUUGCACAGAAAUGGAUCGGACUCGACCCCGAGCUGAAGGAAACAUUAACGUCCCAGCUUGAAGUAGAUGAUCUUUUCAAAUGUGCCCUAACUCUGACAACCCAAGAUGAUCUGGACUUGGUGCGGUCGAUCUCUUCAGGAUACUCUGCACAGAAGGAUGCAGAGCUAGCAGCCACAUGCAGGGAGAAGGGGAACUGUAGCUUCAAGACCAGAGACUACCCUGCAGCCGCUCUGCACUAUUCACAGGUGACGUGAAGAUAUUCUUCUAUUGCUCAACAUGAAAAUAUAUACUUCAAUGAUACUACAAUAACGCAUUAAAUCACGAGAAAUGCCACUAUUCAAU